UCUCCGCUCGGCCCGAUGGCGCGGCGAGGGGUCUCCGCAGAAGCAGCCCGGCGGCCGAGGAGGAGCGCGGCCUCAGCGAGUUCAAGCAGCGAUGAUGAGUUUGAAAACUUUUUAUCUCGAAUGAAGACCCCCAAACCUGCAACAUGCUGCAUUCCAAGGACACAGAGCAGAUUGGAUGAUUCCAAGGAUGAUUUCUUCAGGUACCUCACAAGCAAAUAUGGAUCUGGCAAGAAAGGGCCGCGGUCUGCUCAGGUGCAAGAGGUGCCUGGAGCGCCUGGAAAGGAGGCUGCUCCCUCUGCCUCGUUUCUGCCUCCCCUUGUGUUCAGUGAGACCGACAGUGACGACGACGACGACGACUCCGUCUUUGCCGAAGGCACCCCAGAGAACCCCCAGCAGCCCAGACGAGCGCGCCAGGCCCCCAAGUGGGCCUGGAGGAGCUUGCCACGUCCUGUCGCUCGCAGGGGCAGCCCCGGUUCUCCCUUGAGCGAGGAGGGAAGGAGUUGUGCCCUGGAGCAGUCUGGAGGCACCACCCAGAGCCAGGAGCUGAGAGCAAGCGCUGUGCUGGGAUCCGACACCUCGGAUGAGGAGAUGGAGAGCCUCCUGGUGCGCCUGAAGCAGAAGAUGCUCCUUUCUGCCAGGAAGGCAGCAGCGGCAGACCCCAAGGGCACCACCGAGAGAAGAAACAUCCCGUCUCCCCUUGGAAGCACCCGCCCGGCUGUGAAGAGCGAGAGCGCCCUUCCCACGCGGCCCAGAUCGCCUCUUCCGGCUCCGCCGAUCUCUGUGCGAGCUCCGAAGAGCAAGGUGCUCGGUGACAUCACCCCGUCCCACCAGACACAGAUGAGGAGUUCCUGCCAGGUGCAGGGCUGCUUCUUGCAAGAGCUGUCCGACCCAGAAUCCCAGCACUCUAAGCAUUUCCGGAGAAGGAAGGGGGAGCUGGCCCAGACCCUCUAUGAUUUCUACAACCGUUCCGUGUUUGAGCAAAAGUUGCCAGAGAAUAUGGAGAUUGUCUGGAACAAAAAGAUGCGGAAAACCGCCGGGUGCUGUGUGAGUGGCCAGCUGAAGGGCCCUGAGGGGCAGCGCUAUGCCCGGAUAAUGCUGUCGGAUAAAGUCUGUGACUCUGCAGAUCGACUUCGGGACACUCUGAUCCACGAAUUGUGCCACGCAGCUGCCUGGCUGAUCCACGGGGUCCGAGACGGCCACGGCCGGUUUUGGCGCUUGUAUGCAAAGAAGUCGGCUGUGGUCCACCCAGAGCUCCCAGUGGUGUCGCGAUGCCACAACUAUGAGAUCAAGUACAAGUUCACCUACGAGUGCUGCCAGUGCAAAAACACGAUUGGGCGCCACUCCAAGUCUCUGGACACUCAGCGCUUUGUCUGUGCCCUUUGCAAGGGGCAGUUUGUGCUGUGCCAGCCCACGCGCAAGGAUGGCACGCCGGCGAAAGCAACGCUCACACCGUUUGCAAAGUUUGUGAAAGAAAACUACGGCUCUGCUAAGCACUCGCAGAAGGGGCUGAGUCACAGAGACGUCAUGAAGAAGCUCAGCGCUGAUUUUGCUGCCCAAGUUUCUCUCACCCCACAAGCAACUCUCCCACACUAGCAAAGGGUUGGCGCAGCAGCUCCAGAUCCCUUGCUGUACGUCUGGGACGCUUUCCUUCCCAAGAAGCAACCAGGUGGUGCUUGGGCCACCUCUCCAGGAACUGCUGAGUCUUUUCUUCCCUCCUUCCCCCGCUCCAAAUGUUUUUUACAAUCCUUGCGUGUCUGGUCUCAUUUGCCCAGGCAAUUAAGUCAGUUUGGUAACACAUUGAGUUAUGAAUAAAGCAAACUAUUUGCGUGUCCUGA